AGGUGCGGGGUAAAGGUGGAAAUACUGUGUCUUUCGUCGACAACUGACAGGACUUGUCCGAGGAACGCCUGCCGAUGACUGAGAGGAACGUCCAGAUUCUGUAGUUUGGGAUAAAGAAAUCACAAGAAAUCAUGUCUGUCAGUCGUAAGAAUUGGGCUGCGCUGUCGAGCCUGGCUCGGCAGUGGACGAUGGAGGAUGAGGAGGAGCUGGAGCGGGAGCAGAGGAGGAAGACUCGGGACCCCAGCGUCAGUGGAGAGCCGGAGGAGGAUGAGGGCCAGGUCAGCGCCAGGAGCCCCGGUGGAUCCAGGAGUGUGCGGCAGGAGUCCUCCGAGCGUGUGGAUGAGGACGCGCAGAUGCAGAUGGACUUUGUGGAGAUGUUGCGCUCGCGAGACGAGAAGCGGCGCGCCCGACAUGUGGAGACCCUGAGGAGGCAGAAGCAGGAGGAGGAUGGGGCUGGGGCCGGAGGUGGAGAGGGGGACCAGGCGGAGGGAGAACCCCAGGCCAGGGUGGAGCUGCUGGGGGACGUGGAGGUGGAGGAGGCCUUCAUCACCCCGCUGCGCAACCUCCUGGUCAGAGGUGGCGCCAGCAGCCCAAGCGACCCACCUAACCUAGCUAGCCCCGGUAGUCCUGUUAGUACAACCAGUAGCAGCAGCAGGUCCCACAGCCGGACUCAGUCCAGCAACUCAGCGGCUGAGGGUCAGAAUGGAAAUGGCACUGCCACUUCGACCCCGUCAUCUCAACAAAGAGCAGCCAAGAAGUUUGUCAGCUCUGUGUCCAUAUCGUUUGAUAAGAGUCCCAUGUCCCCGCCUCCCCAGAGGCUGGUGUCCCCCCUCAGCCCCAGAAGCCCCAUGAGCCCCACGUUUGGCAGCCCCUCCAGCUCAGCACAACACAAUGGGGGCGCAGAGAAUGGGUCACCCUCUAGCUUCGAGCCGGCAGAGAGGCCCGCCUUCAUCAGACAGAGUUCCAGAACCACGUCUUUCAGGAUGCUGAAGAAAAAAGAGGAGCAGAGCAUGCCUUUGCAACGGAGUGCCAGCGUUAGGGUCACUAACAAAAUUGAGUCCGAUAAGGGCGAUCAAGAUGAGGAACAGCAGUCACCAUUUAAGAGAAACUCUAAACAGAGGAUAUCAGCUAGGUCCAUCCAGGAGACGAUGGACAGACUUAACCAAGCUGCACAGAAACAAUCGGGCAAGUCUCCGUACCAUCCUGAGAGGACACUGUUCCUGAAUGACGAGGUGCUGAGGAAGAAGAGUCUAUUUGAGAAAGAGCAACAGAAGGGAGAGAAGGAGUCUGGAAUAAGCAGACAGGAAUUCCGUAACUUCUCAUCUGGGAUAGGGGAUCGGAUUAACCGCUGGGUCCAGAAGCAGUCCAAACCCAGUAGCAGCCCAUCCUCCUCAUCGGAAUUCCGGACGGUGGACUUCCUUAGUAAGAAGAUCCUGUUUGAGCAUGGCAAAGGUGAAAGGCCAUUGUCUCCCACUGCACCAAGCAAUACAAACUAGUGGGGCAUGUCACACUAGCCCAAGAAGAACUGGGGGGCUUUGAAGACAGCAGGUCGACCAACACAGUGGAUUGUAUUUUUUUAUAUGAUGGUAAUUUGGAGUUGACGGGCUAUGGUUCUUGUGUAUGUCCACCUAAAAUCAUACUUUCACUUUGCUUUCCAUGACAUUAUUUGCAUGAAGUAAACAAACAUAAGUAAUUUUCUUUCACUUUCAUUUUGUUUGAAGAUGUAAACUUGCACAAGGUAUACAAACGCAGUCCAUCCACACUAUUUGCAUAGCAUGAUAUUGACACAAGGGAAUCCAGACAUUUCCUUCGUCUGAAGGGGUAAUCAGGCAAGACUCACUUUUUUUCAGACUCAAUUUCAGUUUUUAGUUGUACUGUCUAUACAAGUUGAAGUCAAACUGGAGCAUAUAUGGUUAUAAACAAAGCCAUGUUAUUCAAUGUGAAAACUUAUUUUAUUUUAUUUUCCCUUUACUGAAAAUGCUUAUAGCUCACCUGAAAACUAGUAAAGACUACAAUUCAUUAUAAUUGUGUAAUGAAAAAUGAUUUUGUCGCAGGAAUGGGCAUAAAUGAAUUAAUCUCAAAAUAUUCCUUAGUGCCUGGUACAGAAGCAGAGCACUAACCUGUGCAUUUAUGAAUGUUUUAUAUUAUUUCAUUGUAAUAACUUUCUUUUUCUGCGAUUGUGAACCAUGGAACACAGUCGAGCCUGUUGAUUGGGGUGGGGAUGCAGACAAGCAAUGCUCAUUAAUGGGUGUAGCGUAUACAUUUACAGUUUACCUUUUAAGACAUACAGUGCAAACAAUGGGUAACCAAAAUAAACCAUUUGUUCAACUACCUACCUGUAUUUUGAGAGUAUUUAUCUUUAUUCAUCGUGUUUCUAUAGAUACUGUACAUUUUUGUGAUAAAUC